AAAAAAGACAUUUCACAUUCAGCUAAUAUUCUGAACCCAGCACCCAUUGUGAAAGAUCAUGGAUAAAGGAAAUGAUUCUGUUAUUACCGAAUUCAUUCUUCAGGGAUUCACAGACAAUCCCAAAAUGCAACUUGUUCUUUUUUUUAUCUUCCUCUCAAUUUAUCUCAUUGCGCUGUUAGGGAAUCUUGGGAUGAUUCUACUGAUAUGCACUAACACCCAACUUCAUAAACCCAUGUAUUACUUUCUGGGCAACCUCUCCUUUGUUGAUCUCUGCUGUUCCACAACCGUUGCUCCUAGAAUGCUGAUUGAUUUAUUAAGUGAAAGUAAAAGGAUUUCCUACAAUGCCUGUGCUACACAGCUCUUUUUCUAUGUGUUUUUUGUAGACAUAGAAUGUGUUUUGUUGGCUGUGAUGGCCUAUGACAGGUAUGUGGCCAUCUGUAAUCCACUUCUCUAUUCAGCGGCAAUGUCCAAAACGCUCUGCCAACAAUUGAUUGCUUUUGCAUAUUGCAUAGGCUUAAUGGAUACAAUAGUAUACACUACCUCUACAUUCCUACUCACAUUCUGCAGGUCAAAUGUUAUUAAUCAUUUCUUUUGUGAUAUGCCUCCACUAUUUGUACUCUCCUGUUCUGACACCUAUGUUAAUGAGCUUGUGCUGCUUAUCAUUGAUGGCUUCAUUGAAGCAUGCAGCAUUUGUAUGAGUCUUAUAUCCUAUGUUUAUAUUGUGGUUACAAUCCUAAGAAUGCACUCCGCUGAGGGCAGGCGCAAGGCAUUUUCCACCUGUGCUUCUCACCUGACAGCUGUUGGGAUAUUCCACGGGACCAUAGUCUUCAUGUACAUCCGGCCCACCUCCAGCUACUCCAUGGACCAAGACAAAUGGGCCUCUAUGUUCUACACAGUCGUGAUCCCCAUGCUCAACCCUUUGAUCUACAGCCUGAGGAACAAGGAGGUGAAAGAUGCUGUGAUAAAAUCAGUCGGCAAUGUAUGGACUUUUAAAGGCAGGAAACCCAAAUAAAUGUAGGGAACAAUUUCAUUCAGUAAUAACCUCUGACCCUUCUAAAGAGGAAUAAUGUCACUGGGUAAAAGAAAUACAUUGUAUUGUAAUGUUCUGUGACCUUUUAUACUUCUGAAUAUUAUCUCAAUAACAAUCAUAACUUACUUAACAUAGUAGACUUCACUAACAAUAGUCUCAAUCCUGCUGAACCACUUUUUCAGUUUAAUCAGAUAAACUUUGCACUUCUGGCUCUUAGCCGCUUCCCAGGCUCUUCAGCCACCAACAAUGGUAGCAUAACAAAAGACCACAAAAUGAGGGUUUCUAGUUUCAUAAAGCAAGAUGGCUAACUGUAUGAAUCACAGGAUUAAAACCCUGCAUAAUUUUUGAUUGUAGAAAGCCCAAGGCUGAAAGCCUAUAUAAGCAUUCAGAGUUCUAUGCAAGUAAAUUAAAAGUUAUUAGUUCUGAAUUUGUCAUGUUGCAAGUAGUUUAACAUGUAAUAAACCAAAUAUUUCAGUCCGA